AUGGCUCAUAACCAGCUCUGCGAUGUGGACCAUCUGCUACAACCCUUCUCUGACCUCCAGGAGCUCAGCCUGAGCCACAACUGGCUGGUGAACUUCCCCAAGGGCCUGCCGCCCAGCCUUCGGUCCCUGCAGCUGCAGGAGAACCGAAUCACCUACCUCACAGCGGGUGGUCUGCGGCAACUCGGCAACCUCACCAGGCUGGACCUGGAGGGCAACCGCAUCCGCUUCAUCCAGCCGGGGGCCUUUCUGGGCCUGCGGAAGUUACAGAUCCUCGGCCUGAAAGAGAACCGUUUGGUGGGCUUCCCUAUCUCCCUGCCAGCCUCCCUCAUCCGCCUGGACCUUUCUGCCAACUGCAUCUCUUCCCUGGACCUCACCUCCCUGGCUCCCCUGGUGAACCUCCAAGUGCUGAAGGUCAACAGUAACUGUCUGAAGUCGGUGCCCGAGAGCGCCUUUGAUGGACUGUCCCGCUUACGGUCUGUCGAGCUGGCCGACAACCUCUGGGUGUGUGAGUGUAACAUACUCUACCUCUACAAGUGGCUCCUCAACGGUAGGCUGGGACUGGCAACUGACCUAGUGUGUGCCUCCCCCGCCCACCUGGCCAGCCGCCUACUUUUAACCCUGUCUGUCCUGGCCAUCUGCCCUUGGGCCCUGAAGCCAAACAACAAGGUCCUCCUAGACAGCACCACCAUGUCCAGCGGUGCACUGAGGCAUCACACUGCACAGACUACAGUCAAGGACACACUGGCUGGUUUCCACUCUACCACAGAGAGCCCUUUUAAUGCAUCCUUCAAACAGACAACUGAGGUGUUGAAAGAGGUCAAGUCAGUGGAGAACGACAGAGGAGACAUUCAGAAAGAUACUUUGGGGGCUCACCUCUUAUCCAGGCGUUUCACUCUGGAGGAGCUGACUUAUGAGGAGUGCUUGAUGCUCAACUCAAGACCAGCUCCCACACUGAUCCUGAACGGAUCUCGACCCCACAAAGACUCCAAAUGCACAGAAAACUCCACAAGCACCUACACUACUGGCGAUGUCACCUUCUCAAGGCCUGCCACUCCCAGCCGCUCCACCAACAUGGAGCCGACAACCCCUUUCUGGAUGGUCAAAAUACAGGAGUCUACAGGUGUCAUUGCCAUGCUGGCCAUUCUGUGCAUUCUGGUCCUUUUGGUCUUGCUGGUGCUACUGAUGCUACUGAAGAAGAUAUUCCAGAGGAACCAGAGAGUUGCUCCAAGUCAAUGCUCCUGACACAAAAGGAAUCCGUUAUAAGGACCAGUGGCUUUGCCCCAACAGCACAAGAGACUCUGAGAGAUCUGAUUGAUUGUUGUUUUGUAUUAUCUAAAUGCACAGCAGAGAUUUAAUCUAUUAUAAAAAUUACAAAAGAAUGAAAAAGCUCAAUACAACAGAUGUGUCAAACAAAACAAAUUUAAUAUACUUGACUCUUGGUAGUUACUACGAAUUGAUAAUU